GGCGGCGUGCGGCGAUCCCGACUACGGAAGGCGAUCGCCGGCGCGGCCGUUGCCGGGCGACCGGGCGGGACCGGCCCGCGGCUCUUCCCGGGGCUGCUUCCCGGGGCUCUCCGCCGGGAAUUUCCCCCGGGGCUGCUUCCCGGGGCUCUCUGCCGGGGCUUUCCCCCGGGGCUCUCCGCCGGGGCUUUCCCCCGAGGCUGUUUGCCAGCGCUCUCGGAGGGCUGGGCGGCAGCGAGACCCGUCCGCCAUGGCGGGCGGCCGCGGGCUGCAGUUAUUUGUGAAGCCAUUUCAGGGUGAGCUACAGGAAGCAAUUUCUGAUUAUGUAAGAAGCAAGGAAAAGGAUGAAUAUUCAGACGACUUUGAAAGUGAUGAAGAUGGCAUGUUAAAUGAUGUUGGGAAAGAACUCGCUGAAAGUAAUUCAGGUUCUACAAGCACUGAGAGAUCUGUUGCUGGGAGUCCUCUCUUGAAUGAUGAUGCUUUACAAAAAGCAGUAGAUUUGGAAAAUGAAGCUGCUGAUGACUUGAAUUUAUCCUUUCAUGAAAAGAAGCUUCAGCAAAUAAUGGGUGUAGAAGGUGAGCGCAUACAGAAUGACAGAAACGAUGGCGAAGAAGGAUGUUUGGAAGGUCAAAAUGAGGAUAAUGACAGAAAAAAUAAUGAAGAAGUACUGUGUGAUAAUAGUGAAAGUGAUGACUUGCCUAUUAACGAACUACAUGAAAAAAGAAAUCAAGAGGAAAACCAACCAAAAGCAAAGCCUCAGAUGCACAAAAAAGGAAAUGCUUCAGCAUCAGAUCAAGAUCAGAAGACUGUCAGCACCAGUGACUUGAAGCUGGAGGACAAUGGUAGGAAAUCCCCUUGUGUUGACAGUUCAGAUGGAAUGAUGAAAAUAACAGAAGAGCAAACAAUUGAUACAAUGCAGGAGGUGUCAGUGAAUGAUCAAUCUGAGCAUGGGGAGGCAAAAAACACAUCCAAGAACUCUGUCAAGAAACUAAGUGAAACAAAGGAGAAAGUUCCACAAAACCUAAAGGCUUCUUUAUCUGACGGGUCUACAACUUUUGUGCAUUUAAAGAGAAAGGGGAAAGCUGUUCCAUCAACUUCACCCGUUUCAUCUCAGUAUCUGGGAUCGUUAAAGGUGUUGGAUGAUAAAUGCAUGCAGAAGAAAAGUCCAGAAUUCAACAAAAUAGAUAAUUUAAGGGCAGCUGUUUUUCAGAACUGGUUGGAGAAGAAAAAGCUCCUUCUACUGGAAUUAAAGAGAAGUGAAAAGGAAAAAGCUGAAAUUCUAAGGAGCAAUACCGAAAAGAAAGAAGCACUUAAAAGAGAAGAAUCAAUUGCAUGUUAUGAAGCCUGGAAAAAAAAGAAAGAGAAAGAAGCAAAGAAGUUAAUAGAAAAAAAAAAGCGUGAGGAACUUGAGGAAAAGAAACCAGCAGAACAGAAUAAGGAAAAAACAGAAGCAGCACAAGCGGCAUUCAAAAAAUGGGAAGAAAGAAAAGUGCAAUAUUUAAGAGAGCAAAGCAGGAAAGAAAAACAGUCUGAAAGAAUGAAGAAGAAGAUAGAAGAGGACCUAGUUGCAGAGAAGAGGAGAGUCAGUAUAUCAGCAGUUGAAAAAUGGAAUGAAAAGAAGGAAGAAUAUAUAAAAAAGAAGAAAGUAGAAAAAUUCCAAGAGAAAAGAAAGCAAGAAAUACAACAGGCAAAAAAGGAAGAAAAAAGUGUAAAGGCUAUGGAGGAAUAUGAAAGAUGGCUGGAAAAUAAAAUGAGGAGAGAACAGCUUGAGAAGAGCCAAAAGAAGUUGCAGGCUGUCCAUGGGAAUGAGAUGAGUCCUCCCUGGAGACCACCUGGCAAAGUCACAUAUUUUUGUAAUUUCUAAGCAAUUUAUUGCUUUCCCAAAGAACAGAUAGUUUACAAAGUUCUGUCAAUAGCCAGGAGCUCUUGUGUUAUCAGAUGAUAUUCACUGAAUCCAUUAUAGGUGUUAAAUUAUUUCUUUUUAGUUUAUUUGAUAUCUGCAGUUUAAAUAAAACUGUCACACAUUUGCAUUGCUUUAGAAAAUGUAAUAAUUUUUCUAAUUCCUCAUUUAAAUUACUUUUGCUAAAUUCCCUGUUAUGUCAUACAUUUUUGGUGAAAAUUUAUAUCCAGGAUACAUAAAGCUGGACUCUGGCAUUUUUUUACCCAAUAAGUAGCAGAAUGGUUAUUUUUAAUUUUAAUUUUUUUAAAUUAAAUAUUUAAUUUAUUUUUAAUUUUAAUGGUUAUUUUAGACCACACUCUUAAGGAGUUAAUGCUUGAAGAAAUUAUAUGGGGAGGCUUUGGGUAAGGGUAAUAGUAAGGAGAUGUUUGCUCUCUUGUGGUGGUAGGUGACAAAACACUAUUAGUAUGGAGGCAGAAUGUUUUUUUCAUACAUUAAUAUACAAGACACAGAGAAAAUACCUAUUGCAGAUAGGUGAUAGCUUCAGUGGCUCACGUAAGAGAGUAAAAUUACAGACAGCAGCAGGAGAGAUGAGGAACUGCAGCCCUAGCAGAAUGCAAAAGAAUUGCCAAUUCAAAAGUGGCAGUCCUGGAUUUUAUGAGAGAACACUAAAUUACUUCAGGCCUUCAGAUUGGGGUGGUGGUGUGUAUCAUUAGUGCUCUGGGCUAUUUUAGCACUUGGAGCCUUGAAUUUGAGUUUAGUCUGUUAAGAAACUCCAACUACAGUAUCAUGGGAGGAUGACAUUUGUAGCAGGCACCAGAGUUUAUUGUACAACAGACCUGAAGAGAAUGAGACAAGGAAACCUGUGAGAAAGGGAUCGUCUGGAUCUUUACUUUUGCAGUGUCCAGCUAGAGGAAGCAAGGAAGGUCCCUAUGCUGACUUGAGAGAUGGAAAUGAAAAGUGUGGUAGAAUUAGUGGCAGAGAUCAAAGAAUUUGUCAUGUGGCUGUUCCUGAACUGAACGCUGCAUCCUCACUGACUUUAAGCCUUUCUAUAACUGGAUAGAAAGUUUUGACAGAAGACAGAAGUGAGAAGAUGUGGGUGACAUUUUUCAGAGGAAUGAGGAGAAGCUCACAAAUUCACAACUUCUCAAUUAGGAAAAGAUGCUGAAGUCUGUAGACAAGGGAAACCAGUUGAUAUGUUUGACUUUUAUAAUAAAAUUUGGGGGACUUCAUUUAAUGUUACAUUGUAAAAAAUUGCACAUGUUACAGCAUAACAGGAAUUUAAUAGAAGAAUUAGAGUGGAUAAAUAUAAAAAUAUGUAUGUACAUUAAUGUAUAAGAAUAUACAUAUAUCUGUAUAGAUCCUAUCUAUAUGUUUAUUGAUGACAGAAAAUAUUUUGUGUUAAUAAAAUAUAUUUUAGUACAAUA